UCUUUUUUAUAUAUAGGUAGAAAGACGGAGAGGGCGAGAUUGUAGAACAGAUCAAACCCUUAACCCCGCAAAGGCGACCGUUUGAACAAAUAGCUUCCAAUCGUAAGCGUCUCAAAUUUUCUCGAUGGACCCUAUCGGAAUCUCACGCACGCUCAAAGAUCUCGGCAGUAAAAAGUCUGUGACAUCCGUAUGUGUCAUGUUGGACACUGAUGAUAUCCCAAUCCCUGAACCGAAUGAGAUCCAAGAGAAAGUUAGAUUCCAUUUAAGGCAGGAAGGUUAUCAUGGGAUGGUGUCAACCAAGGCUUUCUAUAGUGAUAAGAACCAGUUCUCUGAUAAACAGGCUGAAGAAUAUUGCAACUAUGGAAUGAAGCCCAUUUCACUUAGAGGUCUCUGUUGAUAUACUAUGCCAGGGGAUAGAGGUUCCAGAAUCCGCAUGAUGCUAGUAGACAUGGUUUUCUGGGUAGAGAACCGUAGUAACGAACCAGUCUAUGUCCUGGUAAUCUCUAAAGACGAAAACUUAGAAAAAGACGCCAUGUUCUACACUGUUCGUCAACUUUUGGGAGAACACAGAGAUUUCCAUCUUACUGUUGCACAGCCUGAUACCAUCCUAGGCUUUCCAUCUUAGCUGUUCAGAAGUCUCUAAACUUCGGUGUUUUGCUUUUAUGAGCCCUCUGUAGUAAUAUAUAUAUAUUUUUUUUGGUAAAAAUGUUAAAAAGUCA